AUGGCGCAGCAACAAGAUGAAGACGUCAUCAUGUACUACCGCAAUUGCCUCCUCCUGGCUGCCGCACUGCUACUCCCUCUCCUCCUCCUCAAGAGGCUCAGGCGGCCGCGCGGGGAGAACCUUCCUCCGGGGCCAUGGCGGCUGCCGGUCAUCGGCAGCCUGCACCACCUGGUCGGCAGGCUGCCGCACCGCUUCAUGCGCGACCUCGCCCGCCGGUACGACGCCCCGCUCAUACUGCUCCGCCUGGGGGAGCUCGACGUCGUCGUGGCCUCCUCCGCUGACGCGGCGAGGGAGAUCCUCAAGACCCAGGACGCGGUCUUCGCCACCCGCAUGCAGACGCCCACCAUCCGCGCGCUCACGGUGGACGGCGCCGGCAUCGCCCUGGCGCCGCACGGAGAGCACUGGCGGCACGCCCGCAAGCUCGGCGUCACCGAGCUCCUCGGCGCGCGGCCGGUCCAGUCCCUCCGCGGAUCCCGCGAGGCCGGCGUUGCCGCCCUCGUCGCCUCCAUCGCCUCGGCGUCGGGGCCUGUGAACGUCAGCUCCCUCCUCUCCACCUACAUCAUCGACGUGGCGGUGCGCGCCCUGGUGGGCGACCGAAUCGGGGACGACCUCCGCGGCGAAUUCCUGGAGCGCCUCGGCGAGGGCGUCAGGCUGGCCACCGGGUUCGGCCUCGCCGACCUGUUCCCGUCGUCGCGCCUCGUGCGUGCCUUCAGUGGCUCGCUAGGCCGGCUGGAGGCGCUAGGCCGCGAGACGAGCCGGGUCAUGGACCGAAUCAUCGACAAGCACCAGCACGCCGGCGACGAGGAAAAAGACUUCGUCGACGUGAUGCUCAGGAUCCAGAAGAAUGACGGCAGCCUCCAUGCUGGAACCAUGCGUGCCAUGAUUACCGUACGUGAAAUAACCUCCACCAUGCAUUACAUCCAUCGGAAACAAAACGUGUACGUCAUACGUGUUUGA